AUGUCCCACCACGGUGGUCGUCGGUUAUGUGUUGAAAGUGUUAAGAUUACAAUUUAUAUAACCGGAUUUUCGUUGUUUCUUAUAGUGUUCAUACAAAGCCUACAUCGUAAAAUCCCCACCAUCACCGUCGAAGAGUUAAACCUUAACAAAACAGCCUCCAUCAUCUACUUUGAUCUUAAGCUUGACAACAAGAAUCCUGUGGGAAUUUACUAUCGUGCAAUGAAUCUCACAUUUUCUUCCAUGUAUUAUUUUCCAAACAAAACAACUAGCUGGGUCGUUCCGUUAGGUGUCUACACCUUACGUGGGUUUCACCAGGAUCAUCACAAGGAGACUCAUGUUCGCGACAAGCUGCAGGUGGUGAAGGCGGCGGCUAAUAAGGUGGUGAUCAUACGGGUGGAUUUGGUGGGCCGGGUCAAGUUCAAGUCAAUCGCGCAAUGGAAGCGAACCAUGGUAGUAGGCAUUAAUGUGGAAUUGGACGAGAUCACUGGAGAAAAGAUCACCAAGACCGGCAUCAACAUGGUGCCAUCUGGUGGCGCCGCAUUGGUGGGCUGUUGUUGGAUCUGUACUCCCCUGUUCACGUUGCUUAUAUUCACUGCUUUCUUUAAUUUUAUGUUCCUUUGA